AUACAACAGAUAAAUGAAACAAAAAGCUGGUUCUUUGAAAAGAUAAAUAAAAUUGAUAAGCAUUAGCAAGACUAAUCAAGAAAAGAAGAGAGAAGAUCCAAAUAAGCUCUAUUAGAAAUGAAAUGGGAGAUAUUACCACUGAUACCACAGAAAUACAAAAGAUUAUUCAAGACUACUAUGAACAUCUUCACAUCCAUAAACUAGAAAACCUACAGGAGAUCGAUAAAUUCCUGGAAAUAUACAACCCUCCUGGAUUAAAUUAGGAAGAUAUAGAAACUCUGAACAGACCAAUCAGAAGCAGCAAGAUUGAAAAUGGUAAUUUAAAAAUUGCCAACAACAAAAAAGUCCAGGACCAGAUGGAUUCACACCUGAAUUCUAUCAGACAUUCAAAGAAUUGGUACCCAUCCUAUUAACACUAUUUCACAGGAUAGAGAAAGAGAAAUCUUCCCUAAAUCAUUUGAUGAAACCAAAAUCACCAUGAUAUGGUUUGGCUCUGUGUCCCCACCCAAAUCUCAUCUUGUAGCUCCCAUAAUUCCCACAUGUUUUGAGAAGGACCCAGUAGGAGAUGAUUGAAUCAUGAGGGCAGGUCUUUUCCAUGCUGUUCUCAUGACAGUGAGUGAGUGUCACAAGAUCUGAUGGUUUUAAAAACAGGACUUUCUCUACACAAGCUCUUUCUUUUUGCCUGCUGCCAUCCACGUAGGAUGUGACUUGCUCUUCCUUGACUCCACCAUGACUUUGAGGCCUCCCCAAAUAUGUGGAACUGUAAGUCAAAUAAACCUCUUUCUUUUGUAAAUUGCCCAGUCUCAGGUAUGUCUUUAUCAGCAGUGUGAAAAUGGACUAAUACACACCCUAAUACUGAAACAGACUAAUAGACACCCUAAUACCAAAAGCAAGGAAGGACAUAAUGAGAAAAGAAAGCUACAGACCAACAUCCCUGAUGAACAGAGAUGCAGUAAUCCUCAAAAAAAUACUAGCUAGCUGAAUCUAACAACAUAUCAAAAAGAUAAUCCAUCAUGAUCAAGUGGGUUUCAUACCAGGGAUGCAGGGAUGGUUUAACAUCUACAAGUCAAUAAAUGCGAUACACUACAUAAACAGAAUUAAAAAACAAAAGUCACAUGAUCAUCUCAAUAGAUGCAGAAAAACCACUUGAGAAAAUCCAGCAUCCUUAUUUUAUUAAGACCCUCAGCAAAAUCAGCAUAGAAGGGACAUACAUUAAGGUAACAAAAGCCAUCUAUGACAAACCCACAGCCAGCAUUAUACUGAACAGGGAAAAGUUGAAAGCAUUCGUCCUGAAAACUGGAAGAAGACAAGAUUGCCCACCUUCUAUUCAACAUGGUACUGGAAGUUCUAGCCAGAGCAAUCAGACAAGAGAAAGAAAUCAAGGGCCUCCAAAGUGGUAAAGAAGAAGUCUGCCUAUUGCUGUUUCCCAAUGAUGUGAUUGUAUACCUAGAAAACCCUAAAGACUCAUCCAAAAAGCUUCUAGAACUGGUAAAUGCAUUCAGCAAAGUUUCAGGAUACAGAGUUACACACAAGUGUGCACAAAUCCAUAGCUGUGCUAUACACCUUCAGCGACCAAGCCAAGAAUCAAAUCAAUAACUCAACCCUUUUUACAAUAGCUACAAAUAAUAAUAAUAAUAAUAAUAAUAUUAAUAAUAAUAAUAAUAAUAAAAUACUUAGGAAUAUUCCUAACCAAGGAGGUGAAAGAUCUCUGCAUGGAAAACUACAAAACACUACUGAAAGAAAUCACAGAUGACACAAACAAAUGGCAGCACAUCCCAUGCUCAUGGAUGGGUAGAAUCAAUAUUGUGAAAAUGACCAUACUGCCAAAAGCAAUCUACAAAUUUAAUCCAAUUCCCAUCAAAAUACCACCAUCAUUCUUUACAAAAUGAUGAAAAAUAAUCCCAAAAUUCAUAUGGAACCAAAAAAGAGCCUACAUAGCCAAAGGAAGACUAACCAAAAAGAAUAAAUCUGGUGACAUCACAUUACCUAACUUCAAACUAUUCUGUAACACCAUAGUCACUAAAACAGCAUGAUACUGGUAUAAAAAUAGGCACAUAGACCAGUGGAACAGAAUAGAGAACCCAGAAUUAAAGCCAAAUACUUACAGCCAGCUGAUCUUCAACAAAGUGAGGAAAGGACACCCUAUUCAACAAAUAGUGCUGGGAUAAUUGGCUAGCCACAUUUAGGAGAAUGAAACUGGAUCCUUAUCUCUCACCUUAUACAAAAAUCAACUCAAGAUGGAUCAAGAACUUAAGACCUGAAGCCUUAAAAAUUCUAGAAGAUAACAUUGGAAAAACCCUUCUAGACAUUGGCUUAGGCAAAGACUUCAUGACCAAGAAGCUCAAAACAAAUGCAACAAAAACAAAAGAUAAAUAGAUGGGACUUAACUAAACUAAAAAGCUUUUGCACAGCAAAAGAAAUAAUUAGCAGAGUUAACAGACAACACACAGAGUGGGAGAAAAUCUUCACAACCUACACAUCCAACAAAGGACUAAUAUUCAGAAUCUACAAAGAACUCAGAUCAGUAAGAAAAAAACCAAUCCCAUAAAAAAGUGGGCUAAGGACACGAAUAGACAAUUCUCAAAAGAAAAUAUACAAAUGGCCAACAAGCAUAUGGAAAAAUGCUCAACAUCACUAAUGAUCAGGGAAAUGCAAAUCAAAACCACAACGCGAUAUCACCUCAUUCCUGUAAGAAUGGCAAUAUUAAAAAAAUUAAAAAAUAAUAGAUGUCGGCAUGGAUGUGGUGGAAAGGGAACACUUUUAUAGUGUUGAUGCUAAUGUAAACUAGUACAACCACUAUGGAAAACGGUGUGGAGAUUGCUUAAAGAACUAAAAGUAGAUCUACCAUUUGAUCCAACAACCCCAUUCCUCAGUAUCUACCCAGAGGAAAAGAAGACAUUAUACAAAAAAGAUACUUGUACACACGUUUAUAGCAGCAAAAUUCAUAAUUGUGAAAAUAUGGAACCAGCCCAAAUGCCCAUCAAUCAAUGAGUGGAUAAAGAAAAUGUGAUAUGUGCACACACACCCCAUGGAAUACUACUCAGCCAUAAAAAGGAGCAAACUGGAUGGAAUUGGAGACCAUUCUUCUAAGUGAAGUAGCUCAAGAAUGGAAAACCAAACAUCAUAUGUUCUCAAAUGUGGCAACUAAGCUAUGAGAAUGUAAAGGCAUAAGAAUGAUACAGUGGACUUUGGGGACUCAGGGGAAAGGGUGGGAAGGGAGUGAGAAAUAAAAGACUACACAUUGAGUACAGUGUACACUGCUCGGGUGAGGGAUGCACCAAAAUCUCAAAAAUCACCACUAAAGAACUUAUUUAUAUAACCAAACACCACCUGUUCCUUAAAAACCUAUUGAAAUAAAAAGUAAAUUAUAAAAAACCUCCUGGAUUCAUUGAUUUUUUUGAAGGUUUUUUUGUGUCUCUAUUUCAGUUCAGCUCUGAUCUUGGUUAUUUCUUGUCUUCUGCUAGCUUGGGAGUUUGUUUCCUCUUGGUUCUCUAGUCCUUUUAGUUGUAAUAUUAGGUUGUUAACUUGAGAUCUUUCUCUCUUUUUGAUGUGGGCAUUUAGUGCUAUAGAUUUUCCUCUUAACAUCGCUUUAGCUGAGUCCUGGAGAUUCUGUUAUGUUGUAUCUUUGUUCUAAUUAGUUUUAAAACACUUCUUGAUCUCUGCCAUAAUUUUAUUAUUUACCCCAAAGUCAUUCAGGAGCAGAUUGUUCAAUUUCCAUAUAGUUGUGUGGUUUUAAGUGAAUUUCUUAAUCUUGAGUUCUAAUUUGAUUGUGCUGUGGUCUGAGAGACUCUUUGUUAUGAUUUCAGUUAUUUUUCAUUCGCUGAGGAGUGUUUUUCUUCCUAAUUUAUGAUUAGUUUUAGGGUAAGUGUCAUGUGGCUAUGAGAAGAAUGUAUAUUCGCUUGUUUUUUUGUUGGAGAGUUCUGUAGAUAUCUAUCAUGUCUACUUGAUCCACAGCUGAGUUCAGGUCCUGAAUAUCUUUGUUAAUUUUCUGUCUCCAUGAUGUGUCUAAUAUUGUCAUUGCGGUGUUAAAGUCUCCCACUAUUAUUGUGUGGGAGUCUAAGUCUCUUUGAAGGUCUCCAAUAACUUGCUUUAUGAACCUGGGUGCUCUUGUAUAGGGUGCAUAUAUAUUUAGGAUAGUUAACUCUUCUGGUUGAAUUGAACCCUUUACCAACAAGUAGUCCUCUUCUUUGUCUUUUUUGAUCUUUGUUAAUUUAAAGUCUGUUUUGUUAGAAACUAGGAUUGCAAGCUUUGUUUUUUUCUGCUUUCUGUUUGCUUGGUAAAUUUUCCUCCAUCCCUUUAUUUUUAGCCUAUGUGUUUCUUUGUGUGUGAGAUGGGUCUCUUGAAUACAGCAUGCUGAUGGGUCUUGGUUCUUUAUCUAGCUUGCCAUUCUGUGUCUUUCAUUGGAGAACACAUUGAGAUUUAAGAAAGAUCGUCUUCAAGCUCUGAGAUUCUUUUCUUGGCCUAUUCUGCUGUUAAUAAUUGUGAUUUCAUUGUGAAGUUCUUGUAGUGUGUUUUUCAGCUCUAACAGUGCUGGGAUUACAAGCGUGAGCUACCACACCCAGCGAGGAAGCCAAGUUUAACGUGUGUGCUCCACUCCUCCAACCUGGCCAAAGGGCAGUCAUCAUCACUGGCCACUACUGACCACAGCCUUUAGAAACUCCCCUUGAACGUGCUGGGCUGACCUUCCUCUGAUCGCAGGCAAGGUGAACAAAUAGAAGCUGAGGGUGAAGGACCUACAGCUGUCACCUUCAUCUCUUCUCAACACUGCCAACUGUCCCCUUGGAUCUCCCAGACAGACAACAGGGGACAUCUCUGGUUUCUCGGUGCCCCCUAGAAACCUCGGGUCAUUUCAAGGCAUUAUGCAAAUGAGAAGCUUUCCUUCUCUUCACCUCAUCUCCUGAUCUGCACAAAAAUGACUGUAGGACCCAGUGUUGUAGAUGAGCAUGAGAGUGUGGAGCAGAGUCGGCGAGCGCAAGUCGAGCCCAUCAACCUGGACAGCUGUCUCCGUGCUUUCACCAGUGAGGAAGAGCUAGGGGAAGAUGAGAUGUACUACUGUUCCAAGUGUAAGACCCACUGCUUAGCAACAAAGAAGCUGGAUCUCUGGAGGCUUCCACCCUUCCUGAUUAUUCACCUUAAGCGAUUUCAAUUUGUAAAUGAUCAGUGGAUAAAAUCACAGAAAAUUGUCAAAUUUCCUCGGGAAAGUUUUGAUCCGAGUGCUUUUUUGGUACCGCGAGACCCGGCUCUCUGCCAGCAUCAACCACUCACACCCCAGGGGGAUGAGCUCUCCAAGCCCAGGAUUCUGGCAAGAGAGGUGAAGAAAGUGGAUGUCCAGAGUUUGGCUGGGGAAGAGGACAUGCUCCUGAGCAAAAGCCCAUCCUCACUCAGCGCUAACAUCAGCAGCAGCCCAAAAGGUUCUCCUUCUUCAUCAAGAAAAAGUGGAACCAGCUGUCCCUCCAGCAAAAACAGCAGCCCUAAUAGCUGCCCACGGACUAUGAGGAGGAGCAAAGGGAGGCUCCGGCUGCCCCAGAUUGGCAGCAAAAAUAAACUGUCAAGUAGUAAGAAGAACUUGGAUGCCAGCAAAGAGAAUGGGGCUGGGCAGAUCUAUGAGCUGGCUGACGCCUUGAGCCGAGGGCAUAUGCGGGGGGGCAGCCAACCAGAGCUGGUCACUCCUCAGGACCACGAGGUAGCUUUGGCCAAUGGAUUCCUUUAUGAGCAUGAAGCAUAUGGCAAUGGCUACAGCAAUGGUCAGCUUGGAAACCACAGUGAAGAAGACAGCACUGAUGACCAAAGAGAAGACACUCAUAGUAAGCCUAUUUAUAAUCUAUAUGCAAUUUCAUGCCAUUCAGGAAUUCUGAGUGGGGGCCAUUAUGUCACUUAUGCCAAAAACCCAAACUGCAAGUGGUACUGCUACAAUGGCAGCAUCUGUGAGGAACGUCACCCUGAUGAAAUUGACACCGACUCUGCCUACAUUCUUUUCUAUGAGCAGCAGAGGAUAGACUACGCACAAUUUCUGCCAAAGAUUGAUGGCAAAAAGAUGGCAGACACAAGCAGUAUGGAUGAAGACUUUGAGUCUGAUUACAAAAAGUACUGUGUGUUACAGUAAAGCUACCACUCUGGCUGCUAGACAGCUUGGUGGGGAGGGAGAUGACUCCUUGUAGCUGAUACUUGGCAAAAGUGUCACUGAGAAGCAAGCUAAAUGUAGUUAUUUUAUCCUGUUAGAAUACAAAUUCUAAUUAAAAUAGUUAACUUUAAGAGUAGUAGUAAUUUUAUUUUGAAGUCUCAUGCAAGUUGUCCGAUAGAGAAUUUUCAGGCAGAUCCCACCAUUAGCCUGUAAACAAAAGGUUUGGCACCAGCCACCUGGGACCAAAUAAGAAUUCAGUUGUGCUUGUCCAGAUAUGAACAAAUAUGUAGUGAGUAUAGAGUUUAUCAAUAAUCAUAACAAAUAUUAAAGAUUUCCUUGGAGUCAAAAAACAAAAAAUUGUAAUGUUGUCUAGGGAUGACAUGAUAUGCUACCUCCUUUUUCCUGAAGUUUUAUUCCAUUCUGUUGACAAGAUGGAGAAAGCAAGAUCAUGAAGGUGUGCAAAUGAUUCUUACGGCAUGGGCGAGGAUUUUUCAAUUUAUUUUUUAAAGUUUCCAUACCCUUUCUUUGUCUUUCUUGCUUUUUGUUUUUGCCGUUGUGUUUAUGUUUGAGAUACAACCAGUCAUUAGUGGCAGGGGCAUAGAGUGGUCAGUCUGAAAGGGAGGCUCUCUUAAGAGCUAUGUGCCUUCCACCCAGAGGGAGACCCAGUAGAAAGAAAAACAUCCUGGGAAAUCCAGCUACCAUGGCCCUCCCAGUGGAGGCAUCUUACAUUUAGGAUACUUCAAGUAUCCUCAGAAAUGUAUUCUGCACCCCCGGCCCCGCCCAUGCUGAGGGAAGGGGAGCAGUUGCCAAUAUUUGCACCAUCUUCACAUGCACAUGUUGCAACAAGAGUUUCUGGGAAGGUAAGCGGCAUCGGAGCUAGAUCACGUUUCACAAUUAGUGGUUGUUCUUUUCCAUGUUUGUUUUGCACUUUAAAAAGAGAACACGUGCAAAUGAACUUGCUUGUGUGUAUUUGAUGGCUCUAAGGGCUAUAAAUUACAAAUAAAACACAUCCCAGACAUUAGGAGUUCAUAAGUAUAUUUAAUGAAAUUGGUGGUUUUAGGAAGUCAACUUUAGUUUUGCUUUGUUAGCAUGUCCACUAAUUUUUUUAUUUUGAUAUUAGUCUUUUUUUAAAAAUUUUACAGUAGUCAUUGAAAGUUAUGUUUCUUUGUUUACUUCAUUUUUUCCUCUAAUCAAGACUGGGACAAAAGUAUAAAUAUUAUUUAUUUCAGGUAGAAUUUUUUUGGUGUAGUUUUUUAAUAUAUACUUGAAGGAAAUGUUUCACCUUAUUUUUGGUCUUUGUUUAUUCAUUUAGACCCUGCAAGUUGAUUCUCAUUAAUUGUCAGAUUCCGCUACCCUUUCUUCCUCAUAGGUAGUCAUUACCAGUGUAACUAAGCAUUUGUAUUCUGAUAUCUGAGGCCAGUAACUAUUAAUAUCUAGUUUUCAGAGCAUUUGGAAAGGUUAUCUUAAAUGGCUACCUAAAUUGAAAUCCUUUUCAGAAAAAAUAUAAUUGCAAAUAGGUAGGAGUGGCCUAAAUCAUCUAAUGUAAAAAAGUCAGACAAAAUGUAUACUUUAUAGUUUCAAGAUUUUCAGUAUAUAAAAUCUAUCCUUUCCUACCUGGACAUGUCCCAUUAAAAAGUGGAAGAUUUUAAAUAAUUUCUUUACAGAUGUUUUAUUUAAGCAGGUAGCACAAUCGACUAAUGUUGUUUGAUCUGUGUUUGUUAUACUGGUUGUAAUUAAUUUUUUUAAUUCAUGAACUAGCGGAAAAUUUAUUAAAUUAACUAUUAACCACAUUCACCUUGUAAAUGACUGUAUAAAACUUGUUGACAAUGCACUGACUUUAGAAAGAUGUUAAUGUGCAUAAACAGAGUGUAAAUAAAAUAGUGUUGAUGUACUGAAAUAUGAACUGUAUAAAAAGUAUUGGUAAUUGUAUAUGGGGUGUACCUAUUUAUCUGUAACUAUUAUCCAAACAAAUUAAAUACUGUGGAUGCCUCUAUGUACUGUUUUUCCUCAUACAAGUAAACACAGAAAGUCAAA